AUGGGCGGCGGUGACGGAUAUCGUUCUGUUGCUUAUUUUGUGAACUGGGCUAUCUAUGGACGUGCCCAUAAUCCUCAGGACCUGCCUGCGGACAAGCUCACGCAUGUACUCUAUUCUUUCGCCAAUGUGAAACCUGAUUCAGGAGAAGUAUACCUCACAGACUCCUGGUCUGACGUCGAGAAACACUACCCAACCGACUCCUGGAACGACUCGGGCACUAAUGUCUACGGCUGCAUGAAGCAACUCAACAUCCUCAAACGCCGGCACAGAAACUUCAAAGUCCUCCUCUCAAUCGGCGGCUGGACCUACUCGUCGAACUUCGCCCAACCGGCCUCAACCCCUGAAGGCCGCCGCAAAUUCGCCGUCUCCGCCGUGCAAAUCCUCAAGGACUGCGGCUUCGACGGCAUCGACAUCGACUGGGAAUACCCCCAGAACCCCGCCGAAGCCCAAAACCUUCUCCUCCUCCUCCAGGAAUGCAGACGCGAACUCGACUCCUACGCAAACCAUAUCGCCAGCACCCAUAGUAACAUCCCCCGCCCGCAUUUCCUCCUCACCAUCGCCGCGCCCUGCGGACCCGAAAAGUACAAGGUCCUCCCCCUAGGCGCGAUCGCGCAGACACUCGAUUUCAUCAAUCUCAUGGCCUACGACUUCGCCGGCAGCUGGGACCAGUGCGCCGGACACCAGGCCAAUCUGUACCCGUCGCACUCACGCCCCAAAUGCACGCCUUUCAGCAUCGACCGCGCCAUCCACGACUACGUAGCCGCGGGCGUGCCGCCCACCAAACUCGUGCUCGGAAUGCCGCUGUACGGCCGUGCCUUCCAGAACACCCAAGGUCCCGGCGCGCCCUUCUCGGGCGUUGGAGAGGGUAGUUGGGAGAAUGGUGUAUGGGACUACAAAGCGCUCCCGCGGCCCGGCUCGGAUGUGCACGUGGACAAAGACGUCGGGGCGAGCUUUUGCAUCGACAAGAAUACGGGGCUGAUGGUUAGCUACGAUACCCCGGAGGUUGCUGACCAGAAAGUCAAAUACAUCCAGAAGAUGGGUCUCGGGGGCUCCAUGUGGUGGGAGAGCUCUUCGGACAAGGCGGGGCAGGACAGCUUGAUCUGUAGAGUUGCAGAUCAGCUAGGCGGUGGGAAUGGCGGCUUGAUUGAGCAGCGUGCGAAUGUGAUUGAUUACCCGGAAAGCAAGUAUGAGAAUCUGAAAAAGGGGUUUGCGGGCGAGUUAUAGGGAAGGCUCUGGUAAGAGCAACAGUCCCAAGCAUGCUUGCUGGGACCCAACAGUCACAGUCAUCAGGUCCUCGUAGGAGUGGCUGAUAUCCUAGCCAUAACGAAUCAUGACCACCUUCAAAGUCGACCCCUCACGUGAAUAUAUGUCUACUUAUGAAUUAAGAUGAAGCGAUAUAUAUUCUGAAUCUGUAUGGUACGAGUAAAUAUCGUGCCUGAUGAGACCAAGAUAUCUCUGUUGCGUGGAAUUGGCUAACUAGCUUUUCACAUGGCUCCACGAAGAACUGAAUGGUCCAGAGGCAACAAUAAAUACGGGCGGAUUUUCCAGGCCUGGGAACGAAGCCCAUGCGUGAUCUUGUUCUCGGUUCAGGAUAGAGUCAAUUGAACAUGUAUGUAUAGGCGACGUCAUGCAUCAUAUGCGGAAGUGAUUCUCCGUACCAGCGUCGAAACGACACUACUAUAUG